CUUGAUGGAGGUGGAUGCAUGUUUGCACCAGACCUUGGUGGAAGUGGAUACAUGUUUGCACCAGACCUUGGUGGAAGUGGAUGCAUGUUUGCAUCGGACCUUGGUGGAAGUGGAGGCAUGUUUGCAUCAGACCUUGGUGGAAGUGGAUGCAUGUUUGCAUCAGACCUUGGUGGAAGUGGAGGCAUGUUUGCAUCAGACCUUGGUGGAAGUGGAUGCAUGUUUGCACCAGACCUUGGUGGAAGUGGAUGCAUGUUUGCACCAGACCUUGGUGGAAGUGGAUGCAUGUUUGCAUCGGACCUUGGUGGAAGUGGAGGCAUGUUUGCAUCAGACCUUGGUGGAAGUGGAUGCAUGUUUGCACCGGACCUUGGUGGAAGUGGAUGCAUGUUUGCAUCGGACCUUGGUGGAAGUGGAGGCAUGUUUGCAUCAGACCUUGGUGGAAGUGGAUGCAUGUUUGCACCAGACCUUGGUGGAAGUGGAUGCAUGUUUGCACCAGACCUUGGUGGAAGUGGAUGCAUGUUUGCAUCGGACCUUGGUGGAAGUGGAGGCAUGUUUGCAUCAGACCUUGGUGGAAGUGGAUGCAUGUUUGCAUCAGACCUUGGUGGAAGUGGAGGCAUGUUUGCAUCAGACCUUGGUGGAAGUGGAUGCAUGUUUGCACCAGACCUCGGUGGAAGUGGAUGCAUGUUUGCACCAGACUUUGGUGGAAGUGAAUGCAUGUUUGCACCAGACCUUGGUGGAAGUGGAUGCAUGUUUGCACCAGACUUUGGUGGGAGUGGAUGCAUGUUUGCACCAGACCUCGGUGGAAGUGGAUACAUGUUUGCACCAGACUUUGGUGGAAGUGGAUGCAUGUUUGCACCAGACCUCGGUGGAAGUGGAUGUAUGUUUGCACCAGACUUUGGUGGAAGUGGAUGCAUGUUUGCAUCAGAUCUUGGUGGAAGUGGAUGCAUGUUUGCACCAGACUUUGGUGGAAGUGGAUGUAUGUUUGCACCAGACUUUGGUGGAAGUGGAUGCAUGUUUGCAUCAGAUCUUGGUGGAGGUGGGUGCAUGUUUGCACCAGACCUCGGUGGAAGUGGAUGUAUGUUUGCACCAGACUUUGGUGGAAGUGGAUGCAUGUUUGCAUCAGAUCUUGGUGGAAGUGGAUGCAUGUUUGCAUCAGACCUCAGUGGAGGUGGAUGCAUGUUGCUGUUUGGACUUCAGUAGCGAAGUAUGACUGUCUGUGAGUGCAUAUUUUAACUUAGAGGUUUUGGGCAACUCCAACUGCAAAGAAACAGCCAUCGUCUGCUAACUAAAUAUAUUUUAUUUUCCAGUGAUUGGUUUGAGGGGGCGUGUGCCAAAAUUCUGUUCGCUUACACUUGAAGAUUACCUCUGCUUGAUGGUAACUCCUUGGGGCUGUCGAAGGCUUCAUUUCAUGGCCGGAAUCAGUGGGUUGCUGCGGGUUUUCCGGGCUGGAUGGCCAUGUUCCCGAAGCCUUCCCUCUUGGCGCUUUGCCAGGCAUUCUCAGAGGUCGUGGGGUUCCUUGAGCCCCUUCCCCUCCUUCGUUCCUCCUUCAGCACCGGCUGUUCCAGGGCAAGACGAUGGUAAACACGAGGGAGGGAGGGAGGGAGGCAGGGCCGUGCCUUUGUCCUGCCUCUGAACUUUCCCCCACAUUCGCCGUGUCCCGGCCGGCCGCAGCUGUCCCUCCCUCCUGUGGCUCAGCGGAGGUGGAUGCGUACUGUGUUCAUUGAGCGGAGAGGCCGUGGAGGAGACGGGCGCCCGUGGGGUGCCAUGGAUCCCUCUUCCUCCUCCUCCUUGGCUUCCUCGCACCACGUCUCCCCCCCGGUGGACUUUGUGCUGGGGGCCACGGCCUGCUGCCUGGCCUGCGUCUUCACCAACCCGCUGGAGGUGGUCAAGACGCGGCUGCAGCUGCAGGGGGAGCUGCGGGCGAGGGGCAGCUACCCGCGGCACUACCGGGGGGUCCUGCAGGCGCUGGUGGCCGUGGGCCGGGCCGACGGGCUGCGCGGCCUGCAGAAGGGCCUGGCCGCCGGGCUGCUCUACCAGGGACUCAUGAACGGGGUGCGCUUCGCCUGCUUCUCCCACGCAGAGGCCCACGGGUGGACGCAGCGCCGCGGCGGGACCGUGGCGGCCGGAGCCGUGGCCGGAGCCCUGGGUGCCUUCCUGGCCAGCCCCGCUUACCUGGUCAAGACCCACCUGCAGGCCCAGACCAUAGCCGCCGUGGCCGUGGGGCACCAGCACAACCACCAGAGCGUCUCGGGGGCCUUCGAGGCCAUCUACCGGAAGCAGGGCCUGCUGGGCCUCUGGCGGGGCGUGAACGGGGCCGUGCCGCGCGUGAUGGUGGGCUCCGCCGUCCAGCUGGCCACCUUCGCCUCGGCCAAGGAGUGGGUCCGCAAGCGCAAGUGGUUCCGGGAGGGCAGCUGGAUGGUGGCGCUGGCCGGGGGCAUGAUCAGCAGCGUGGCUGUGGCCGGGGCCAUGACGCCCUUCGACGUGGUCAGCACCAGGCUCUACAACCAGCCGGUGGACGAGGCGGGGAUGGGCAAGCACUACCGCAGCUUCUCGGACUGCUUUGUGCAGGUCUGUGGGAAGGAGGGCCCCUUGGCGCUCUACAAAGGCCUGGGCCCGGCCUACCUCCGCCUGGGGCCCCACACCAUCCUCAGCCUCCUCUUCUGGGACGAGCUGCGGAAGCUCACCUGCCGGCACCUCCAGGGCGCCUGAACCCUGCAGGGAUGGCCCCUUGUAUGCUGUGGCUGCCCUCUCAGCCGGAGGAGGCGGUGGUGGCGGGUGACCCUUGCCCGGCCAGUGGACGGACUCCUUUUGUCCGGGACGAACCACGUGACUGAGAGGCCAAGCUUUGCCUCAUGUUGGGAUUCCCACGGAGAGGCCUCAGUGUCGUUGUCGGCACCAACAAGAGGAGCCACACACACACACUCCCUUGGGUCACGGGCAUUACAGUUCAACAGACCAAACUCAUUACUAUUAUCAUUAUUAUCAUCCGGAGAUGCCAUUAGCCACAUUUAUUUCAUUACUAGCGUGACUGGGUUAUUUGAAAAAGGUUGCAUGAGGUUGUAGGUGAACUACAACUCACCAUGCCAGAUGAACCCCCGGAAACUCCAGCAGUGGUUAAAGUUUUAUCAUGUUGGGCAUUUUUGCUCUCUAGAUGCAUCAUGGGUGUGGUUCAGUGUUCUCUCUGCUUCAACUCCCACUAUAGUGAGUCCAGUCCCUCCCAGUUCCCUCCAGUAGGUUCUGUUCGUUAUGGGGGUUCCGUGGGCCAAACGUGGUCCAGGUCCAUUGUUGGUGGGGGUCACAGUGCUUGUCUUGAUGCAGGGCGAACUACAACUUCCCCCAAACCCCACCAGCUCUAUUUGCUGUAUGUCAUAGAAAAGGGUAGGAAAGGGUUAAGGGAGAGGCAGUGGGCGGGGUCAUGCAAAUUCCAUAGGAAUGGAGAGAGAAAGGAACACUGGGAUGUCUGUGGUGGAGGAAGCACAAAAUGUAGGAGGAAGUUGUCCAACUUGGGUGGUGGGCAGGAUGCUGCUUGUGGAGGACACAGACAGGGCUCUUGGACAUGUUCAUACUAUUUUCACUUUCAUGAUGUGUAUAGAUGUAUAGAUUUUCUGUGUUUAGUUUCGUGAUGAUUUUGAUGAACAUUUUUGUGAAUAUUUUGUUGAAUAAUUUUGUGAAUAUAUUCAUGGCUAUUUUUGCGAAUA